AUGGUUACAAAUUGGAUUGAUAUAGUAGAAAAUGAAUUAGAUUUGGAAAAUUCAGAAAGUGAAGAUGAAAGUAGUAUUGAAAAUUUUAUUGAUAAUGGUGACAUUACUUUAGCAAAUAUUUCUAAUUUACCACAUCCUGCUACAGAUAAAAAUGCUAAGUGGAAACUUCAAGACAUUUUUAUUGAAAAUUUGAGUGCACCUAGUUAUUUGGAAAAUUUUAUUAAUAUUGAACCGAUGGCUGAAUUGGUGGUUGAACCAAUGGUUGAACCGAAGUUAAACCAUGGUUCGGUUCGACUCAAGGGUCCAACCGGCGACUUUUGA